AUGGAGGAAGAUCGACCUUGGGUCCCUUCUAGUGACAACGCAGGUAGCGGUGCCGGCCGUGCUAGUCCGUUGAACGACAGCUUCAAGGAUGAUAUCCAGGCUAUCGGCCGCGCUGUAGAGCGCUUGAGGGAUGGUUUCGCAGGGACCGACAGCAGCUCCCCCGCGCCGGCACCCGGCCACGACUCCGCGCAGUGGGACGGCGGGCUGUCGUCGUCGAUGCUCGCGUCUGGGCCGGGCGAUGAAAGCGGUCGCCCAUCCUCCGGGGAUGGGGUUGGUGGUCAGCCGACGUUGGGCAACAACAGCAGACCUCUUGUGAGGGAGUUGCUGCCGGCGAGGGCCGGCGUGAGCGGAAUCUUUGCCGAGGGGGAUACCUCCGUGUUGGAACGGACAAGGUACUCGGACGGGCGGUUAUCCUUACGCGAGCUCCGGUCGGCGGACAAAAGUCGCACUCACUACUCGGAUGAGCGUGCGAGGCCAAGACCAGACGACGCCGGCGAUCAAAGUACUACAGCAGUAGCGGCGGCGGCAGAAGGCGGGGGGGAAAUGGCAGGCACGGGGACACAAGUCUCCGAUCAGGAGGGGCUGUUCAACAAGGGGGGCAGUAGCGGGAGCACGCACAGCGGUAGCACAAGCCGGAGACGAGCAAACGAUGUUGGUGGACCAAGUAGCCCGGGUGGAGCGCAACGAGAACAGUCAUUAGUAACCCCGGUUCUGACGCCUGACGUGGGAGAGAAGGAUGACGGGCGGGGGCCAGGAGCCCGGGGGGAGACGCAAGCGGUGGGUCUGCUGCGGUUGCGGGGCGAUAGGGAACCGUCCUUGCCGACAGCAGUCAGCCGAACCGCUUCCGCGGAGCCUUUGCUGUUGCUGUCGCCCCUGAUACGUUCCUCGACGUCGGCCUCGGUUUUAGGCAGCGGAGACGGGGCGUGGGAAAGCUUUCGACGAGAACACUCGGCGAGUGGCGACAACAGCAGCAGCAGCGGUGAUGCUGGGACGGCGGUGGCAGGGACGGAGGACGGGAUGCCGGCGGCGGCGGCGGCGGCGGCGGCGGCGGAGUCCGGCCCUUUGUUCGAGCUGCGGGAUGCACUGAGGUCGAGGGAGGAAGACCUCCUCCGGCUCAAGCGGGACGUUUCCGUCGUCGCCACAAGCGCAAGGGGUUUCCGGCACCUUUCCGCGUCUCUGGGGAGCGGCAACGUAGAAAGGAGCUCGUCGUUUUCGUUCCAACGUAGCCGCGGCCACGGCAAGGAUGCAAGCGGCGCGAACACAGACGACAGCGACUUGCCAUCGGGUAAUGGGAGCGCUUUUCGUGGUGGGGGUUCCGACGGAAGCCGUGCGGGCGGUGCCGGCGUUGACAAGAUCAACGAGGAGGCGUUUCGGCCCCACCAUGGCGGGGCUGUCGGCGGCGUGUUGCUGCGGCGGCAACCCGCGGAUUCCGCUCUCCCCGGAACCGCGUUAUCCUUCCGUACCGCCGCCACCCCGGGACGACCAUCGGACAACGAGCUUGCCAGCUCGCGACGAUUGAUGCCUCCGCCGCCGCGGCAGCAAGGUUCGACCGCCACUGUCUCGAAAGGCAACGCGAUUAUCGCCGCGAGCGGGUCGCCGUUGGUGGCCUCUGCUCACGAGGGGCUGCAGCGGAUGAGGGCGGUGCUGGAACAACGUGCCCUAGAGGUGGGACGUGCUCACGACGACUCAAAAGAGAUGGCCAACAGCCUGAACGAUGUGUCCGCAAGGUUACGUCGCUCCGAGCGCAAGCGCAACGCUCAGGCAGCCGAGCUGGCCAAAGCGAGGGCCGAGGCAGACGCUGCAAAGGCCGAACUCUCGCGGCACCGCGGCAGAGAAGCAGCGGCUGCAUCGGCGGCAGCACAGCGGGAGAAGAGCAAAGACGCCACGGCGGCGAGAGAAAGAGCUGCUGCCGCCGCCGCCGCCGAUGGCUCGCUCGCCGAAACGGCACAGCGACUGCGAGAGCACGAGGCCGAGGUGUCCCGGCUGAGGGACCGGCUUGAGACCGCCACUGGAGAGCUAUUGGAGGAGCAGGGCAGCAAUGCGUCCUUGCGAGCACGGCUGGAGGCGUCCGAUAAGGAAACCCGGCGUGCGCGGGAGAGAGCCGCGGCAGCGGAGGAGGAGGCCGGUGCCGCCACGGCCGCUCAAACCUCUCAAGCGGCGCAAGCGGCUCAAGCGGCGCAAGCGGCAGCGGAGCGUGCGCAGAGGGAGGCGGAAGCCUCGGCGGAGCUGAGAGCGGCAGAGGAGGAGAGCCGUCGGCAGGCGGCGGCGGCGCGGGAGAGCCUGGAGGCCGAGAGGGAGAGCGCGGCACGCGUGGCCCUCGAGCUAGAGGCCACUGUUCGCGAGCGUACCCAAGCGGUGGAAAAGCUGGCGGAAGCGGAGGCCGAGGCCGGAAGGUUGCACUCGGUACGGCGCGAACGCGACUCGUCGGUAGCAGAGGUCGCAAACCUCACCGCAGCGCUGGUGCUGGCGCGCGAGGGGCAAGAGGCGGAGCGCGGCCGGUUCGACAGGGAAUCCAAGAGGGCGGCGGCUCUAGGGGAAGAGCUGGUUGCAAGCGAGGCCCGUCGGAAGGUCCAGGAGGAGGAGAUAUCGCUCGUGCGGAAGCAGGUGUCCCGGCUGGACGCCAAGAUCGAGGGAGACAUGAGUCGGGUCAAAGCCAACUCGGACGCCACCGCUAGGGCGACCGCCGCGGGGGCCGAACGAGAGGCCAACUCCCUCCGCGCCAGCCUUCGCGAAGCCAAGGCAGAGCUUGCCGCGGCGAGGGAAGGGGCGCGACAAGCGGCCGAAAACGCCGACGCCUCGCUCAAGGCCGAACUUGCCGCGGCGAGGGAAGCGGAAGCGGAGCUGGCGGCGUCGGAGGCGAGGGCGAAGGCUCAGGCCGAGAGGGCGGCUCGAGCCGCGCAGCUGGACAAGGACACCCUCAAGCGGGGCCUUGUGGCGUCGCAGACGGCCUGCGCCGAGCUCCGCGCGGAGCGGUCGAGGCUGCUGUCCGAGCUCGAGCACGCGGCGACAUCAGCGGCGACGGCGGCUGCAGCGGCGGCGGCGUCGGUGGGUUCCACGUCUUCCUUCUCGAGCCCUACCGGCGGCGGCGAUGGUGAUGAUGGCGGGGCGGCGGCGGCAUCGGCGUUCGUGAGAGCGAGGAAGGACCUCGAGGGGCGGCUAGCCCUGGCCGUGGCAGAGGCGGCGGAAUCGCGCGCGGAGGCCCAGCGGCUUAAGCGCAAGCUUCAGGCUGUCAGCGAUCGCGAAGACGGGGGGACGCCGGCUGGGUUGGGAGUAGGCUUUAGCGCAAGAACGAAGAGGCGAAACGGCGGCGGCGGGACGAGGGGUAAGGACGAUGACUACUUGUUUGGUCUCGAUGGGGAUCGACCGCACCGUGAAGGCCUGCAGGAAGCUCUGCGAGAGUCGUGCGGCGUGAUGGAAAGGAUAGCGAGCGCCUUGUCCGCGGCAGCGGCCGAUCGCAGGACGAGUCGUCGUCCUGGCUCUGACGGCGGCAGCGAGCUUGACGACCCGCGGUGGGCCUUCGGUAGGCGAAGGAGGGGGGGCGACGCUAACGAACAGCGCAGUUCGCUUGCGGCGGCUCCGGGCUCCGGGCGAAGACGCAGCAACAGGCGAAGGAGAGCAUUCUCGGUGGACAGUAACCGAAGCGGGGUUGGAGACGCCGAUCUCCGACAAGACGGCUUCGGAGAUUGUGCGGAGAGUGGAGGAGAAGGCCAUGAUUUGCGGCGUGUUGUGUCUCGGGCAGAGGUCCGUGAGGUCGCGGAACGUCUUCGUUUCGAGGCGGCCAGGCUCCUGGGUGUGCGGAAAGAGGAGCGGAAGGCGGCGGGGGAUACGGUGGCAAGCCUGCGGCGGGACCUCCGUGACUCGGAGAGUCGCGAGGCCGAGGUGACCGCCAGGCUCGAAGAGAGCAGGGAGUUGAGCCGAGAACAGACGGGGUUCGUGGAAGGCGUGUGGAAGGAGCGGCAUCGUCUAGAGGCCGAGCUCACUGCCCGCUGCGAGGAGGCGGAGCGUCUCCGGGCCAGCGAGGACGCCGCGCGCACUGCGGCGACGGUGCUAGAUGGGAAGGUGGCGGAUCUGUCGGCGGCGCUAAGGCAGGAGCAGGCGCGGGCAAAGCGAGAGGCCGAGGCUGCGGUGGCCGCGGAAGCGAGAGACGCCAUGGAAGCUCUACGGCAACAGCUGGACGAUCUCCGGAAGGAGGGCGAGUUCCAGAGGCUGCGCGCCAAGUACGAGAAGGCUAAGGGCCGCAUCGUUGCGCUGGAGGAGCUGGUGGCGGCUUCUCGACGCGUUAGCGCCCAGGCCCGAAGGGAGUUUAAGGGGGCUCUCGAGGCGCUCAAGUUGUCCCAGGAACUCCUCCUCAGGAUUCACAGGCAACGCCAGAACAACGCCGUUGCGGACCCCACCGACACCGCCACGCCCACAACUCACCCCGCUGCGGCACCGGCUCCGAAGCAUCACCACCAACCGGACGCCGCGACGCGAGAAAGCCACCCGGGAGCUCCCGACGAAACCCCCAGUGCUGCUCCGGCCGACUUGGCAGCAACGGCCGGAGAGCGACCGACAUCGGCGGCGACGUCUUCGCUGUCGACGGACGCGCACGUCCACGAGCUGGCGGCCCAGGCGUCCAAGCUCCGCGGCAUGAGCGGCAACGUGAAGCGGUUGCUGCAGCUGGCCGCGGGCGAGGUCCAGGGGGCGCUCGAGGACACCAGGGAUUCUCUCGGGGUGGCCGGCGCGGCCGCAGCAACGGUCGGGACGCAGACGGCGGAAGGGCUUGAUGGUCCCACGCGCGGAGAGGUAGAGUGCCUCGAGCAGCAGGUUGUCAGAAUGAAGGCGGAGGGGCAAGCGCGGGAGGCGGAGAAGUUGCGGCUGAGCGGCGAGCUCAGCGCAGCCGUUGGGGAGCUCACCAAGAUCCAGGGACUUCUAGAGGACAAGAUGUCUGAGGCUGUGGUGCUCGAAGCGCACGUCGCCCGCUUGGAGACUGAACGCAACGAGGCGCGCGAAGCCGCGUCGGCCGCGGCCAACGAUGGGCUGGCCGAGGCGGAAGCGUCGCUCUCCGACACGCAGGCUCGCCUGGAAGCCGCCCUGGCCACGCAGCGAGAGCUUCGCAGCCGGUGUGCCGAGCUCUCCCUAGCAUCGGGAGCCUUCGCCUCCGAGGUUGCCAAGCAGAAGGAAGAGCGCGCCAGGUCGCAGGAACGGGCUCGCCUAGCGACGGCGGAGCUCCGCGACCUGAGCGCCAAGUUUUCUCGGGCUUCGAAGACGGCCGCCGCCGAUGCCGCCGCCGAGCGGGAUCGCCUCGAGAGAGAGCUGGUGGCCACGAGGGCCGAGGCGCGGGACAUCGAUACCGACGUCGCGCAGGUGUUGGACGCCCUGGCGUCGUCGGAGAAGGAGAGGAGGCGUCUGGAGGCCGAGCUUCACCGGCAGACAAAGGCUGCGCGUGUUCAGCGGCAGCAGGGCGAGAGAGAGGCGCUCGAGGUGGAGUCGGGACGGAAGGAGAGGGAGACGGAACGGCGGGAGAAGGUGGAGAGGGAGUGCAAGGUCCUGGAGGCUAGGACGGGAGACUUGGAAGCGGCGCUAGCGGCGGAGUUGAAGAAGGCCGCGGAGACGGGGGCGGUGCACGAGCGAGAGGUCGCCGGGCUGCGCGAAGAAGCCACGCGCCUUCGAGAAUCGCUCCAGGCGGAGAUGGAGCGGGAACGCGGGAAGUGGCAGGCGGAGCAGAAGGCCAUGCGGGAGGAGAUUAUGCUGGCGAGGGAAGACGACAAGGCGUCGUGGAUAGCCAAGGCAACCGAGCAGGGCUACGAGAAGGGAAAGGCGGAGGAACAUCACCGAACAGCCCGCUCCCGCGAGCGGGAACAGCGAGAUCUCGCAGCGCUCCGGAAGGAGUUGUCCGAGAGCACGGCGGCGUUUCGGACGGAGGCGUCCCUGCGCGCCCGGGCGGCCGAGGAGUUGUCCUCGCUGAGGGUCAAGGUCGCGCAGCUCGAGGCUGCUCUCGAGAAAGCGACCGGCGCCGACCGCAGCUCGAUGUCACACUUGAAAGCCGAGAUGCGGUCGGUCAUCACCAGCCUCGACCAGGACAAGGGGGGCGACGUGGAGAUCAGGCCGGGGGGGGGGGUUGCACGGCGAGCGACCGUCCACUACGAAAGCGCCAGGAGGCACCCGGCGGAGACGAGGAUGGGCACAGCUACACCGUCACCCCGCCCGGCGGCGUAUUCCCAACCCCAAUAG